UUUGUGCAGCGUAAACUCGGAUCGGAGCUAGAAUAAACGACGCUUGAAGAACCGUCCCCCUAAUCGGUAAAAAAUUGGAACUCGAUUCCUACCCUCAAAAGUUGAAGGGCGUAUUCGUAUAAUUUCAUUAUAGUUUUUUAGUGGGUCGAACCAAUUUGAAAAAAGAUACAAAAUUGAAAAACUCUAGUGGCUUGAAGUUUGUUUCAUCCGUUGUUGGGAUAUGAUAUUGAGAUGGGUGUGCCAAGGUUUGGGCGUCCUAAGAAAGAUGGUGAAUUGAGUUCAAACCUUUAUGUGGCGAAUUGUGGGCGAGCAGUGGGACAUUCUGACGAUGAUAUUGCAUCUGUGUUCUGCAAAUUUGGGGAACUACAGGGGGUUUAUGCAGCAGAUGAGAGUGGCACACGUGUCAUUGUGUCUUACUUUGAAGAGGGUUCUGCACAAUCUGCCUUAAAUGCUUUAGAUGGACGUCCAUGUCCUGAACUUGGAGGUAGAUCCUUGCAUAUCCGUUAUUCAGUGCUUCAGCCAACCCCACAGGAUAAAGUGAGUGACUUGGUUCCUGUAUCUGUCACAGCUUCAGAUCUUAGCAUUCCAGGCAUUUACCUUGUGCAUGACUUCAUUACUGCUAAAGAAGAAGAGGCAUUGCUUCAAGCUGUUGACUGUAGGCCUUGGAACAGUCUUUCAAAAAGAAGGGUUCAACACUAUGGUUAUGAGUUUCGUUAUGAUACUAGGAAUGUUAAUACAAGGCAUUGCUUAGGCGAACUUCCAUCAUUUGUUUCUCCAAUACUUGAAAGAAUCUCAUCAUGUUCAACUUUCAAGAAUGCUGAAAAUGUAGUUUUGGACCAACUUACGGUCAAUGAGUACCCACCUGGUGUGGGCUUGUCCCCCCAUAUAGACACCCAUUCUGCAUUUGAAGAUUUAAUUUUCAGCCUUUCACUGUCAGGGCCUUGUAUAAUGGAGUUCAGACGAUAUGCAAACAGUGAUGGCCUUCCUAGAGUUAUCUCAAGUGCUGCUACAAAAGUAGAAAGUCCAGAAGAUGAUUCAAAUUUUAUAAGGAGGGCUAUAUAUCUCCCCCCUCGAUCUUUGCUACUCAUGUCUGGAGAAGCACGUUAUGCAUGGCAGCAUUACAUUCCACAUCACAAGGUAGACAAAGUAAAUGGCAGAGUCAUCAGAAGGGCUUCAAGAAGGGUAUCUUUUACAUUUCGCAAGGUUAGAGCAGGUGUGUGCAAAUGUGAAUUCCCUCGGUAUUGCGAUUCUCAAAGUUAAGUUUUCACCGGUUUAAAAUAUAAUGCAUCAAAUAACUAUGUCAUUGAGAGAUGCAGUGAAUAUAACCUUGAGGUAUGUUCUGCAUUUGUUUGUUGUUUGUUUGUUUAUAUUAUAGUGCUUGUACACUUAAGUAUAUAUAAGAGAUGUUAACUCUUGGAUUAGGAAUCUUUAAAUGGACAAUUGUGUGCUUCAGGGUGGUUUUUAUCCUCCGUAGUCUACCAAAUAACCCACCAGUUCUCCACAACCACAUCUUCAUUAAGUUACUGUAUCUUUAUCAAUACCUGCUCUGGCCUGUUAACGAUGGGUUUGCAUCUCACAUGACAGAACUCUGACAACCAUGUAUGCCAGUGGCUCUUGCCUCCAUUUUCAACUCCCAAAGCCCUGCAUUUUUAUUUUUACAAGAUUGGAAUUGGAAUUUGUGCUCUGAUUACUAUCGAGUUUAUCAGGUGAUAUAUGCUAUAUAGCUUGAGCAGCAGGUAUAAGUGGGCUAUGUGGUUGCCUGUAGAGGAUAAAAACCUGUAAGGUCUACAACCAUCUAUUUAAAUAUUCCUAGUCGUCUAAUGGUCCUCUUCUCAUGUUGUACAGGUACACCCAACUUGUGUGGGGACACCAUAGAUUUGCCCUAUACAUGAAUGUGAUCUGAUGUACAUUGAAUUUUGUCUGAGUAGGAUUUCUUUUGUGGUCUUUACACAGGUGAUCAACCUGCUGAUGAAUUGUGGUUUUACUCGAACAAACAUGCAAGAAUUACAAAGAAGGAAGUAAAUAAUAAGAUGGGCUGUUAUACUGGGAGGACUAUAUAAUUCAUGAGUUAAUUUUGCGCAAGAGAUUUUGUUUUAUUUCAUUUUAUAUUUUUUGAAGAUUUCAUUUCUUAAUUUCGCGAUACCGCAGCUAAUAUUACUCCAGGAGCUAGUAGAGUAUUUACAUAAUAUAUUGACUUUCAAGGAACAUUUGCGUAUUCAAUA